GAAAACCACGCCACAGCUCAACCAAGGGGACGGAAAAGGGCUGCCUUUUAAGAGGGCAUUUCCUCCGCCGAAGAAGAGCCCUCUCGAAGCAACAACUCCCUUCCUCAUCUCUUGGCUUCUCACUCUCGUCGGCGAUCCUUGUAGGAAGUUCCGUCGCGAAUUUGAGAGAGCAGAGGAGAGAGGCAAAUCCAGAACCCUCAUCGAAGCCCUAGCCCUCGAUAGGUAGAUAGAGAGAGAUAAAUAGGAUGGACGCCAUCAGGAAGCAACUCGACGUGCUCAUGGGCGCUAACCGCAACGGGGACGUGACGGAGGUGAGCCGCAAGUACUACGACCGCGACAUCUGCCGCCUCUUCUUGGCCGGCCUCUGCCCCCAUGACCUCUUCCAGCUCACGAAAAUGGAUAUGGGUCCCUGCCCAAAGAUUCACUCUUUGCAGCUCAGGAAGGAAUAUGAAGAAGCAAAAGCAAAAGGCGAUCAUAAUUUUGAUCGAGAACUUGAAGAUAUGAUUGAAAGACUCAUUGUUGAAUGCGAAAGGAAAAUUCAAAGAGCUCUCAAGCGUCUUGAGGAGGAGGAUGCUAAGGCUGCUAUAGCAAUAUCUGUAUCCAAUGUUACUCAGACACCUGAAGUCAUGGAAUUGUCAAGACAUAUAAAGGAGAAAUUAAAAGAAGCUGAUGCUUUUGAUUUUGAAGGAAAAACUGAUAGUAAAAUACGGGUUCUAGAAGUGGUGGAGGAGCUCAAAGCCCAGAGAGCUGACAAACAGGCAAUUCUUCUACUUGAUGCUUUUAACAAAGAUAGGGCUUCUUUGCCGCAGCCAAAUCAAAAUCCUCCUCAAUUAGCAACUCUGUCUGUUCUCAAUCCUCCAGAUCCUCGUACACAAGAAAUGAUCAAUGAAAAACUUAAGAAGGCAGAAGAUCUUGGUGAGAGGGGAAUGAUAGAUGAGGCCCAGAAAGCUCUAGAAGAGGCAGAGGCUCUGAAAAAGCUGGGUGGACGGCAAGAGCCUGUUAUAGAACCUUCAAAGUAUAGUGCUGUUGAUGUUCGAAUAACCGAUCAGAAGUUGCGUGUAUGCGAUAUUUGUGGAGCAUUCUUGAGUGUCUAUGACAAUGAUCGUCGCCUGGCUGAUCAUUUUGGAGGGAAACUUCAUUUGGGAUAUAUGCAAAUCCGUGAGAAACUAGCAGAACUCCAGGAAGAGAGGGACAAGAAACGAAAGAUUGAUCGAUCUGAAGAUGAUAGAAGGUCAAAAGAACGGAGUAGGGAUCAUGACAGGGCAGGAAGCAGAGAUCGAGAUAUAAAUAGAGAUGUUCGAGGUGAUAACCGAGAUAGAGGCAGGGAACAUGAUCGACGAAACAGGGACCAUGAUCGGCAUUAUGAUAGAGGUCAUAGAGACCGAGAUAGAGGUUCUGAUCGAUCUCGCAACUAUGAUUCGAGAAGUCGGAGGUCACGUUCUCGCUCCAGGGAUCGUGCCAAAGAUUAUGACCGACAUAGGCGUCAUGAUAGGUACUAAAAGUAAUUGCUCCAGGAUCACUCAAGUGUCAGCCAUGGACCUGCUGAUGGUUGCUACAAUUGGGAGUGGAUGAUGCCUGACUUGGGCAAGCAAAACUGACAAAAAUAUUCUAGCUUUUGUGAUGUUGAAAGACCUUAUUAGAUCUAACACGAAAGGACUGUAAAAAUUGGCUCUCGGAGUAUAUAUAUAUCCUCUGCUUUGUUUCC